AUGCUGGGAAUCGUCACCGCUCAGCUCUUCAGUUUGCAGCGCUCGCCAGACCCCAAAUCCGACCCGGUGUUUGGCUAUCACACUGUUGGCAAGCCUUUGGCUGGUCUAUUCCAGAGCGCUGCAAUUGUUGUGAUUCUUAUUGGCGGCCACCGGUUUUGGCGUCAACAGAUGAAUAUGGCCAGAGGCAAGGUUUGGGCUGGUGGGUGGGAGAUAUGGACCAUUAUGGCAUUCAUGUUGCUUCUUCUCGUGUUUGUGUUUGGUCUGUUGAUCGCCUGUGAUGCGACAACGGUGUGA